AUGAGGGUCUCUCCCACCCCCACGUGGCCCCAGUGGUCGAGUCCUUUUAAAGGGCCCGCUGGGUGGUGCUCUCGCUCGGGGCUAGCUCCGGGAGUGCGCACGUGUGGGAUUUCGGUUAUUCCUGCCGUGGAGGAGGGUGGUGCAGGAGGGAGUGGGCUGUCCACGCUGGAGCCCGGAGGCCCCGGGAAGCGGAGCGCUUUCCACCUGUUCUCGGGCGCUUUUAUUUCCAGCGGAGAACGGGACUUUGGAGGAGCGCGGAAAGUGCCUCUUGUGCUCCCCAGGGAAGAAGGUGGCGGGGCUGGGAACGGACACGUGCAGCCGCCCUGGAGGAGAAGACUGGCUUGCAGCCCUGGGACUGCCCUCGCCGUCGCCUGGCUGCGGACGGACGCGAGUGCUCGCAAUGUGGCUAGGAGGCUGGGGGAUGGGGACGAGGCUGGAGACGCUGGGACCGGGGGCCGGGUGGGGGUGGAGACCUGCCCCGGCCAAGGGAAUGUGCUCCGGGAGGAGGCUGCUGAGGCCACGGGCCUUAGAAAUGGGGUCAGAAAUGGUCAGAACCUCCUUCCUCUGGGUGGAUUGGCCUCUGAGGCCAGUGUCCGCUUGAGUGUCGCAUAUGGGUUCAUGUAUUCCAAGGAGGAGAUCCGGCAGAAGGUCGGGACCUUCCGGCAGAUGCUGAUGGAGAAGGAGGGAGUACUGACCAGGGAGGACCGGCCUGGGGCCCACAUAGUGGCAGAGACCCCGCGGAGGAUGGACGGCUUGGAGCCGGGCCUGGAGUACCCACCCUUCGAUGAGGACGACGGCCCGGUGGAUUGCGACUGCCCGGUCGCCUGCUACCGCGGGCACCGGGGGUACAGGACCAAGCACUGGUCCAGCAGCUCCGCAUCGCCCCCUCCCAAGAAGAAGAAGAAAAAGAAAGGCAGUCAUCGGAGAAGCCGCAAAAAGAGGAGGCUAGAGUCAGAAUGCAGCUGUGGGAGUGCUUCCCCCCUGCGCAAGAAGAAGAAGGGUGUAAAGAAGCACCGCAGAGAUAGGUCUGAUUCUGGGUCCCGGAGGAAGAGGCGAUACAGAUCUCGAAGCCUCAAGAGCAAAAGAAAAGAGAGAAACAAAGAACGCAAGAGGCCUCACACUGAAUCCCCAGGCCGGAGGGCUCACCACCACAGCAGCGUCAGUUCCCACUGCCCCUCGAUGACCUCACACUACAGCGAUUCCGGAUCACCCAGCAGGCUGAGCCCCAAGCAUCGAGAUGACGGGCGGAAGACGGGCAACCAGCGAUCCAGCGGGAGCCGGUCGCCGUCCCCAUCGGGCGGCAGCGGAUGGGGGUCGCCCCAACAGAACGGAGGCAGCAGGCAGCGGAGCGGAGCGCACGGGGGCCGCCCCGGCUCGGCGCACAGCCCGCCCGAUAAGCCUAGUUCGCCCCGGGCCUGCGACAAGGUGGCCGCCGCGCCCACGCCGCCCGCGCGUGGGAAAGACAGUCAGAGCCCGCGCUCCGUGCCGUCGUCGCAGGGCCGCGGGGGCCGCGCGGCGGGAGGGGCGGCCAGGCGCCGUCGCCGGCGGAGGAGGAGGCGGCGAUCGCGAUCCUCGGCCAACGCGCCCCGCCGCAGGGGACGCCGGCGUGCCAAGCCCGCGCCACCCCGGGGCUCGUCCCGCUCGCUCAGCGGGGCUCACUCCAGCAGCGAGUCGGGUGGCGGCGCCCCGGGUCCAGGGCCCGAACCGGGCUCGGAGAGAGGCCACAGCGGCCACGGGAAAAGGGCAAAGGAGCGACCCCCACGCGCUCGGCCCACAAGCACCUCGCCAUCUCCAGGCGCGCACGGCCGGCGGGGUGGCCCGGAGGGGAACAGCUCAUCACGCAGCCCCGGCCCCCAUCCGGGGUCCUGGAGCUCCAGCCGCUCACCAUCCAAAUCCCGCUCACGCUCCCCAGACAAAAGGACCCGCAGCCCCAGCCUCUCCCCGUCGCCCAAGAAACCUCUUGGCCGGGACAAGGACAGCGAAGGCCGUGCGAGGCAUGCCGAGGCUGAGGCCGCCCGCACCCGACGUCGCUCCCGCAGCUACUCGCCGAUCCGAAAGCGGCGCCGAGACUCGCCCAGUUUCAUGGAGCCAAGGCGCAUCACCAGUGCCCGAAAGCAUCCCAUCCCCUACUACCGACCCAGCCCCUCCUCUUCCUCCAGCUGCUUGAGCAGUGACUACUCCAGCCGGAGCCACAGCCGGAGCCCAAGUCCCGGCCACAGCCACGGAAGCUACAGCAGCCGCAGCCACGGGACUCGCAGCCGCUCAUGCAGCGCCUCCCGCAGCCGCAGUCCCAGCUACCACAGCAGCUCCGAGAGUGGGGGCUUCUAA